AAAAACCGCGAGUUUUUCUUUUUUGUUUUCAGCAGCUGUUACAACUUAAAAGACUUAGCUGAAGCUGCUCCUUCUCUCAACUCAAUCAUGAUUCCGAUCAGAAUCCUCAAUCGGAAGCGAGCAUGGGCCGCGGUCGGCCGCCGCUUCCUCACCUCUCACGCUGCUCAGAAUCCUCUUUCUCCGCCUCCGGCCGCGGCGGCCUUCCCCGGCCACCACGGGCUUCCGUUUCUUAGUCACCUGUCGUCCCGACUCGCUCGUCCCAGCCACGCGGGGGCCGGGUUUCCCUCCAGCGAAGGCGUUUCCAUCGGAAAUUUUGAACUGAUUUUGAUUGUCCUGCUUUGUUGGCGGUGGAAGCGCCGUUGCUUUUCCGGUAGCGCGGCGGCGGGUCUCCCGGAGGAUGGGACCGUCGAUGUGCCGUUGGCGCAGACCGGCGAAGGUAUCGCUGAAUGUGAAUUGCUUCAGUGGUUUGUUAAAGAGGGGGAUGAAGUUGACGAGUUUCAGCCGCUCUGUGAAGUUCAGAGUGACAAGGCCACCAUUGAAAUCACAAGCCGUUAUAAAGGAAGAGUCUCUCGGAUGCUCUAUGUUCCUGGAGAUAUUGUGAAGGUUGGGGAGACUCUUCUCAAGAUGGUGGUGGACGAAUCGCAGGCUCCUGUGCAGUCAGUUGACUCCCAGGUUCCGAUUAAGGUGAGUGGGAAUCUCGAUGGUGAGUUGUCAUCUGGUGCUGAUUUGAACACAACUGGAAGUGGUGGAGUUUUGUGCACACCAGCGGUGAGGCAUCUUGCUAAACAGUAUGGUAUCAGUCUGAGUGGUAUUCAAGGAUCUGGGAAAUCAGGGAGGGUGCUGAAAGAAGACAUUCUUAAAUAUGCUGCUCAGAAAGGAAUCAUCGAGUCUUCAGGGAUUCCUUUGGGUGACCAGCUUCAGGACGAACUCGGAUCAGUUCAAGUCAUUGAGAAUCCCAGUGAUAAGAAGGUUACCCUAAGGGGCUUCCAGAGGGCAAUGGUGAAAACAAUGUCUAUGGCUGCCAAAGUUCCACAUUUUUAUUUCGUGGAAGAUAUCAAGUGUGAUGCAUUAGUGGAACUGAAAGCAUCUUUCCAGAAGCAAACAACCGAUCCAGGAGUUAAGCAUACCUUCCUUCCACUAUUAAUCAAGGCCCUUUCGUCAGCCCUAAGCCUGUACCCUUUGGUGAAUAGUUCCUUCAACGAGGAUGCUAUGGAGGUCGUACUAAAAGGUUGAUUGAUCCUAUCCUUCUCAGAAAUCACUGUUGUUGUUUGGCUUCUGCAAAUUUUGAUCUCGUGGCAACUUGUUCGACUACUGAGGGAAAUACAGUGUGCUAUUUCACUAGGUUAAGCUUAAUGGAUGUGCUGUGAAGUAGUGUGUAGUUCCUUUCAAUUGAAAUUCUUAGACUCCUGUCUCCUGACAAUCUCUACUACUAACUUAUUGUUUUUCAUAAUUGCCACUGGCACAUUAGGUUCACACAAUAUUGGAAUUGCCAUGGCUACUCCAUCCGGUCUAGUGGUACCAAACAUUAAGAAUGUUCAGUCCCUUUCAAUCCUCGAGAUAACCAUGGAACUCGCUCGCCUGCAACAGCUUGCAUUGGCUAACAAGCUUAGCCCCGAAGACAUAACAGGUGGAACGGUGACUCUGAGCAACAUUGGUGCAAUCGGUGGGAAGUUCGGCUCUCCCCUCCUUAACUUGCCUGAAGUUGCCAUCAUUGCAAUGGGACGAAUCCAGAAAGUUCCUCAUUUCGACGAAAAGGGGAAUGUCUACCCUGCAUCGAUCAUGACCGUGAAUAUAGGAGCAGAUCACAGAGUUCUGGAUGGGGCUACGGUCGCGAGAUUUUGCUCCGAGUGGAAACGCCUGAUUGAGAAACCUGAGCUGUUCAUCUUGCAGCUUAGAUGAUUAGAGACUGGUUUGCACUUCUUCUGCUUCCCUAGCCUCGCCCUUUAAAGCUCCAAGUUACUUGCAGAAAGUGCAGCAUGGAGGGCAAAACUUGUAAUGUUGUACAAUAAUAAUAAUCUUAUUUAAUAAGCAGCACCUUUUCUUUACUUGCUAU